CUCACAGACGACUGAACUCACUCUUUAAAUACUGCAACUGAAAGCACGGGAAAAUGUGUAAAGGAUUAGCUGCGUUACCCCAGAGCUGCCUGGAUAGGGCCAAGGAGAUCAAGUCGAAAUUGGGCAUUUUACUGCAGAAGCCAGAAAAUGCCAUCGACCUCAUCAUCCCCUACCCCGAGAAGACCGAGAAGAAGCCGGAGAAGCAGCAGAAGCCUGCUCCAGAGGAGGCGGCUCAGUGGCGUGAGGGUCUGGACCGAGUGCUGAACAACAACUAUGGUCUGGCUGCUUUCCGUAGCUUCCUGCAGUCCGAGUUCAGUGACGAGAACGUUGAGUUCUGGAUGACCUGCGAGGACUUCAAGAAGACCAAGAACCCUGCCAAAAUGGCCACCAAGGCCAAGAAGAUCUAUGAAGACUUCAUCCAGUCUGAGGGACCCAGGGAGGUCAACAUUGAUCACUUCACCAAGGACGUGACCCUGAGAAACCUGGUGGAUCUCUCUUCUACCACCUUUGACCUGGCCCAGAAGAGGAUCUUCGCCCUGAUGGAGAAAGACUCCUUUGGUCGUUUCCUUCGGUCUGAGCAGUACCAGGAGCUGCUGGCCAACUAAGUCAGAGCAGAGUCUGAAGAGAUGGUGUGGCUGGGUGGGUGGGGUGGGAGGUUUAAAACAGCUUACUUAAUAUGGAAAUAACAAUAAACACUUUUAUUUGAUUAAUUACCUUUUUGUAAGUACAGCUCGAGAAAUAGAGGCUUUAAUUUUGACAAAAUAUCCAAAACAGGGUGAGAAAAUGAUACAUCCAAAGUAUACUUUGAAGAGUAAGACUGGCUUUUGAAAUAAGCCUCCCUCCCAACCAACACACAUGUCCCCAAACACACACAUGCACGUUCUUGAACUCCUGAACCAGUGAGGACCUUCUACUAACAACAUGUAUUCCCUCUCCUCUUAAAGAAGUGAGGGGCUCCCAUCAUAACCUCACAAGAAGUACAGACAUGACACGUGUACACACAGGGUCAAGAGACUCAUAAAAAAAACGGCAAUGUGUUUCAAUACAACAUGUUCAACUCAAUACUCAUAAAUGUAAAAAAAACAUUUGCAAUUUGUCAAAUUUCUUGACCACAAAAAGACGUACCUUUUUUAAAUAUACAGAUAUUUUAAAACAAUAAAAUCCUUUGAUGCAGAGAUCUUAUUCUGACAGCCUUAGAGAUAUUAGUUCAGUGCUUAAAAAGGAUAUGACUGUAACAGUUUCUGUCCAUGAGAGAAAAACAUUUUGGAACUCUGGCUGUUUUUAAUUAAUUCUCUUCUAGCAUCAAUGCACAAAUAAUGGUUACCACAGAACUCUCCUUUUGUCUCUUCAACUCUCGAACAUUCAUCUCAUUUUGGAUAUUCACCAAAGUCCCCUUUUGGUUGAGAUGAAUCCUGGGAGAAUCCCUGAGAAUAGCGCAGGCCCGUUCAGGCGUCGAGCUCCUUGGCUACCACCAAACUGCAGGUUGCUAAGAUGGGAAAAUCAAGUAGGAGGGAAUCUGGAAACGAGACAAGUGAACAGAACAGCGGUUUUAACCCAGAAAGCUCUUUUUCCCAUGUGAUGUUACCAAAGUGGUGUGUGAGCGUCACAAGACUAAAAAGGUCCAGAUCUGGGUUGAGUGCUUAUACACUAGUGAACACCUUGGGGACAGAUCUUGCAGUUUUGGAACAGAAAACAAUGCAAAUAAUGGAUAUUGAAAAUAAUGUUACGGUUGUCUUUGAGUUAGAAGCCAUCAAGCUCAAAUUUAAAGUCAAAAGGGAAAUCUAAGGAAAGAGCACUGCAACCAGACACAAAACAGUCGCAGUUGAUAAAUCUGACAUGUGCACUUCUCUUUUAUUGUUUGGGUAAACACUUAAAACCACAAGUUAUUAUUCACUACAUGCUGUUAGAACAUUGGUUCACCUGACUGGGCACAGAUGGAUGCGAUGGUGGAUGUGUUGUUGGUGUGCAAUGUUUGUCCCCGAAAUGUACACUCUACAUGAAUGUAGCAAUCAUUUAGUGUGAUUAUAUUUACUCUUUAAAGCUUUUAUAUAUAGAAAAAAGCAUAUGUACGAACCAACACAAUGAUAUUGUUAUCUAGAUAGUCAGCAUUGUAUACGUCCUUUUUGUUUCCUAUUACUCAACUAAUCCAAGGUGAAAAACAAAAGAAACAUCUUGAUCAGGAGUUGCAUGUCUUAUAACUUGUUACUAACAAAAGGGCAUUGGAACAAUCAACAUAUCUAAAUCAAAUCUGAGAGAGAUAUUCAAAUUUUAAACGGCAUUGGCAAUGGUCCGUUACGGCACAGAUUAGCCAGUCUGGUGUCAUAACCCUAAAUGUCCCACAGGUCAACAACCACCGAACAGAAACAUCCAUAAGGACGUAAACAGUGCUGAGCAUCAUUUGAUGUCGUUUUGCAUGUAACCUCUGGAGUCUAUCAUAUAAAUAUAUAUAUAUGCAUACAAUUCCUGAAGAUGUAUUUAUUUUUACCUGUAAAUAUCAACUAUUUACAACCA